AUGUUAUCCAGAAAAUAUUUAUUGUCAUCAUUUUUUUGGUUUCUCACGGAUUAUUUCGAAAACUUUUGUCAAGCAAGUUAUGAGCCACCAGGUAAUUCUGUGGGAUCAAAUAUUAUCGCUAGUGGUGUUGGAAUUGGAGGUGUAAGAGCAGACUGUCUCGACUACACAGGUCGAUAUGUCAGUCAUGGAAAACAUUUUGUUCCACCAGGAGAAGAUAUGUGCAAAAUAUGUGUUUGUGAAAAUGGAAGUACAAAGGGAUGUCGAGUUGUUCACUGUGCUCCACCGUACGGAUGUAAAUCUUUCACAAUGGGAAGAUCACAAUGUUGUGAUUUCACUUGCUUAGAUGACAAAUUUGCAUUAACACCAACAGAUAUCGCAAUUUGGCUAAUCGCUAUAAUUUUGAUUGGAUCAGUAUUACUUGGAUUAAUAUUGUUGGCAGUCAACUGUUUUUACGGGCACAUCUUCAACCAGGUUUUCGAUCAAGUUGGCAGCUUAAAUGCCGGAUGAGCCUAAAUUUAUUCGGGAAACUUUCUCGAUAAUGAAAAUCAUCUUAAAUAGGACGUCAUUAAAUUUCUAAAAACGCAUAAAAAGUUAUGAUUUAUGAGAUAAAAAUGUAACGAUGCCAUGCAAUGAACGAUAAUGCUUGAAAGAACAUGCCAAAGUACCUUUAGAAAUUCUAUUUCAUGUUGGAAUGUCUAGGAAGUUUAAAUAUGCUCUAUUUAAAACAGAAGAAAUUUGAGAAUAAUUUAAAAUGAAAAGCAAAAUUAGAAAUUUUAUGGAAAUGUUAAAAAUUCAAUUUAAAAAAAAAACUUUUAAAACACAAUUCGUAGAAAAAAUAUAGAUAUUAAAUAGUAUUAAAUCUAAAAACAAUGUUAAUUGCAUUAAAGCAUUUAUAGGCUAAUUCUCGAAGUAAAUAAAAGUAUAAGGAGCACCCAUGUAAGGUCUGCAUAAGACGAGGCAACUCUUAAAAUUUAUUCAUGAAUCCACUCAGAUUGGAAUUGUAAAUACUGGAAACGAGAUUAUUGAUUUUUUCGAAAUAAAACAUUUAAUGAAACAUCUAAUGAGAAUAAAAAUAUUUGUUGAAAAC